AGCACCAAACAUCUGAGAAGUCUUAACCUUCAAACUAACUCUCUCUUUUGUCUUUUUAAGAGAGAUUGAGUUUGUGCUUUUGGAUGCUCAAAUCUAUCCACCAUCAAAUAUUCAAAAUCUCAAUGAUGGACAAUCUGGCCCCUGCAACACCAGAUGCAGAUAGCAACUCCACAGUGGAUGCUUCUCGGCCUUUCCACUCGGUCAAAGAGGCGGUUGCCAUUUUUGGGAAACGGAUUCUUCUUAGAGAAGUUCAGUCACCUUCGCAAGCACCCUCAACCCCGCCCAUCGAGCAGGUUACUUUAUCACCUUCCUUGGAGUUUACACCAAGUUCAGAAAAAUCUCAUGGUGUUGCUCUCGAAAUUGGUACACCUGAUUCAUAUGAGUUUACACAGAGUCCCUAUAAGCCUCAGAGCAAUGCUACCAGUGAAGCUAUAGACUCGCCGGUGUGUGAACCUACACCAAGUCCCGAAAUUCCAAACAAUGAGAACAAACUUUAUCCUUGUUCAAGUUUUCCCUGGGAUAAGAGCAUAUCACCAUCUCCAAGUACUUCAAGUAAAGAAAUUGAACCGGCACUAAGUUCUGAGAAACCGACAAAUGACAAGCAAGGGAAAAUAGUGCAUGGGAAUGAUUUAGUGAUGAUGUUGAUGAUAUUGAAGAGAUUAGAAAGUGAGUUGCAAGAAACAAAGACAGAAGUGAAGCUGCUAAAAGAAAGAGAAUCCGAGACAGAGGUGGCAUUGGCUUCUUUGAAUGCGGAGCUUCACGAAAAUAUGUCUAAGAUAGCCAAAGCUGAGGCUGCUGAAGCUGGAAAAGCAGCAGCGAAAUCUUUAUCAGUCGUUGAAGAAGGAAAUCGAGAGAUAGGAAUGAAAGAUGAGGAAACGAGAAAAUUUGAAGUGAUGGUGAAAAAUGUGGAUUCCCCUACAUUAGCUCAAAUACUAAGUAUUACUGACUAUGAUUGCUAUUUUGGGGAUGGUAUGAAAGCGAAGAAAAAGAUGAAGAAGAAGCCUAUUAUUCCGUUGGUGACCGAUAUGUUUCCAUGGAGGAAGAAAUCAACACCAACCAAAGCUCGCCUUACUACUCCUUUGUAUUCUUGGCAGUGACUUCUCUACUUCAUCCUUUGUUCAAAUUUUAACAGAUACUUGUGUUCAUCUUGUAAGUUCAAGUGAAUUAUUCCCCAUCAUAUUAAAGAUAGGAGGCAAUUUAUUAAAAAUAAAAGCUUUUGUAAAUCUAUUUUGAUUGUUAUCCAAUGCAAUAAUAAUUCUUGUAUUAUUGCCUUGUAACUUAAAUUAUGUACUCGUAUAGUACUUUGUGUAAUUAUACAGAAUGCACAAAUUUUGAGUUUGGCAUUUGAGGCAUGCUUGGUGAUUUAAGACGGUGGGAAACUCGCCUUGGUUACAUCUUCAAGCCCUACCAUCCACAUAUAUUUGA